CCCAUUGAAUCUCGCUCCAAGUUGACUCCAGCAUUCCGCAUCCACAAAGUAGCCAGCAGCCAGCAGCAGACGCAGCCAACAGCAGACGCAGCCAGCAGCACGAUGACGGGGCUGACGGGCAAGAUCUGCAUCGUGACGGGCGCGGCCUCUGGCAUCGGCUUCGCCAUCACCAGAGCCUUCCUCGCGGCCGGCGCAGUCGGCGUCACGAUGGUCGACCUGACGCAGGACGCACUGGACGCGGCGCACGCCGACCUCUCGGCGAGUGAACGCGCCCGCGUGCUCCUGCACGCCGGGGACGUGAGCAAGGAGGCCACGGCGCCAGGCUACACCGAGGCGACGAUACGCAAGUGGGGCCAGGUGGACGUGAGCGUGCAGUGUGCGGGUAUUCCCAUGUCCCGGAAACCGCUGCUCGAGGUGGACCUGGACGUGUUCGACAAGAUCAUGGCGGUGAAUGUCCGCGGCGUGUUCCUCGGCAUGAAGCAGAGCAUCGCGGCCAUGGUCGCGUCCCCGAGCGGCGGGAAGGGCUGCUCUGUCAUCGUCAUCUCGUCGCAGCUCGGCCUGGAAGGAUCGCCGGGAUACUCGGCCUACUCGGCGUCCAAGUUCGCUGUGCGCGGCCUCAUGUCGGCCGCGGCGCAGGAGUACGGCCCGCUAGGUAUCCGCGUGAACGCAAUCUGCCCGGGGCCCAUCCAGACGCCUCUCAUGGCAGACUACAGCGAAGAAGAGGUCGUCCCGCACAUUGCCAAGACGAGCCUCGGCCGCAUAGGCAAGCCCGAGGAGAUUGCCGCGACGGCCGUCUUCCUCGCGUCCGACGGCGGCGCGUACUUCUCCGGGUCGAGCUUGAAGGUGGACGGCGGGUGGAGCCAGUGGUGUUGAGAGCGAGACGUUGCGCAAAGUGUCUACAUAGUACAGAGCCAGCGAGUCAGAAGCCAGCAUACACAAGCCAAACGAAUCCAUGCAUUCAUAGAACCUAGUAAGACA